AUGAGGGAAGCAAAGCAACACAACCGCCUAUCUUUGCGUCUGCCUCCGUCUUACAACAAAACGAAAUAUUUAAAUCAAUUAAAAAAGAAUGACCAGAAAAAAACUCCUGCAGGCUCUGCAGCAGCAGCAGCAGCAGCAGCAGCAGCAGCAGCAGAAGUAGAAGCAGCAGCAGCAGAAGCAGAAGUAGAAGCAGCAGCAACAGCAGCAGGAGCAGCAGCAGAAGCAGAAGCAGAAGCAGAAGCAGCAGCAGCAACAGCAGCAGCAGCAGAAGCAGCGGCAGCAGCAGCAGAUGCAGCAGCAGCAGCAGCAGCAGAAGCAGAAGCAGUAGCGGUAGAUCGAGCAGCAACAGAUGCAGCAAACAGCAGCAAAUAG